AUCCCUCCGUCGCCAUGGCAACCUCCUCCCAGGGCUGGCUGCCAGGGCCUGCCUGGUCCAGCGUCUGCCUCCGCUGUGGCUCUCUCCCUCCCUCCCUCCCUCCCUCCCCGCCCUUCUCCAUCCAUCCAUCCAUCCCCUCCCCUCUCCUCCUGCUUUGUGUGUGUGUAUGUGUGUGUGUGUCCCUUCUCGCUUGCCAAGAGAGAUGGCAUCCAGGCGGGCGUUGGGCAAGACUAGCAUGAAGAACAUGGAGAGGGAGCUGUUGUGCCCGGUGUGCAAGGAGAUGUACAAGCAGCCCCUGGUGCUUCCCUGCAUGCACAAUGUCUGCCACAUCUGCGCCACUGAGGUCCUGCUGCAGCAAGGCUACGUCUGUCCGGACCCCACCUCCGAGCCCACCUCGCCGGCCUCCACGCCAGCCACGCGGAGCCCUCGCCUGGGCCGCCGGGUCAUCCCCAAGCCAGAGCGCUUGGACCGACUCCUCAAGUCAGGUUUCGGCACGUACCCGGGGCGCAAGCGAGGCGGCCUCUUGCACCCCCAGAGCGUGCUCUUCCCCUGCCCGCUGUGCCAGAGGGAUGUGGACCUGGGCGAGAGGGGCCUGGGCAGCCUCUUCCGCAACCUGACACUGGAGAGGGUGGUGGAGCGCUACCGCCACACCAUCAACGUCAGCGCCGCCAUCAUGUGCCAGUUCUGCAAGCCGCCGCAGCUGGAGGCCACCAAGGGCUGCACCGAGUGCAAAUCCAGCUUCUGCAACGAGUGCUUUAAGCUCUAUCACCCGUGGGGUACCCAGAAAGCCCAGCACGAGCCCACCCCACCCACGCUCACGUUCCGGCCCAAGGGUCUGACAUGUCCAGAGCACCGGGAAGAGGUGACGCAUUACUGCAAGAGCUGCCAGCGCUUAGUGUGCCAGCUGUGCCGUGUUCGCCGGACGCACACGGGCCACAAGAUCUCGCCCGUCGUCAGCGCCUACCAGGCCCUCAAGGAUAAACUGACCAAAAGCCUGACUUACAUUCUGAGCAACCAGGACACAGUCCAGGCCCAAAUCAGCGAGCUGGAAGAGACCCUGCGGCUCACCGAGGCGAAUGGUGCCCAGGCCAAGGAGGAAGUGGCCCGGCUGAUGCGCGGCCUGAGCGCCCUCUUGGAGGAGAAGCAGUCGUCGCUGCUCAACGCCAUCGAGGAGUGUCGGCAGGACCGUGUCUCCAACCUGCGAGCGCAGCUGCACGAACACCGUGCCAUGAUGGAGAACUCCGGCAUGGUGGGCUACACCCAGGAGGUGCUCAAGGAGACGGACCAACCCUGCUUUGUCCAGGCUGCCAAACAGCUGCAUAACAGGAUCGUCCGGGCGACUGACUCCCUCCAGGUCUUCCGCCCGGCAGCCAGUUCGUCCUUCAGCCACUUCCAGGUGGAUGUGAGCCGAGAGCUGAAGCUGCUCACGGACCUCACCUUCAUCAAAGCGCCGGAGGCCCCCGUGAUCGACACGCAGCGCACCUACGCCUACGACCAGAUCUUCCUCUGCUGGCGCCUGCCGCAGCACUCGCCGUCCGCCUGGCACUACACGGUGGAGUUCCGGCGCGCCGAGCCCAAAGGGAAGGCCCUCAAGCUGUGGCAGCGCCGCGAGGAGGUGCGUGGCACCAGCGCGAUGGUGGAGUACCUGGACACCGACUGCGUCUACGUCCUGCGGGUCAAGGGGUACAACAAGGCCGGGUUCGGAGACUACAGCGAGGACAUCUACCUGCACACGCCGCCAGCGCCCGUGCUGAACUUCUUCCUGGACAACCGGUGGGGGUUCAACCGGGAGCGCCUGGCGAUCAGCAAGGACCAGCGGGCUGUCCGGAGUGUGCCAGGGCUGCCCAUGCUUUUUGCUGCAGAGCGGCUGAUGACCAGCUGCCACCUGUCGAUCGACCUGGUGAUCGGGGACGUGGCCGUCACCCAGGGGCGCAGCUAUUGGGCCUGCUGCGUGGACCCUAGUUCCUACCUGGUCAAGGUGGGCGUCGGGCUAGAGAGCAAGCUGCAAGAGUGGUUCCAGGUACCCCAGGAUGUGGUGAGCCCCAGAUACGACCCCGACAGCGGCCAUGACAGCGGCGCCGAAGACACCACCCUGGACACGGCGCCGCCUUUUGCCUUCCUGACCAUCGGCAUGGGCAAGAUCCUCCUCUCGCAUGGCGUGGCGCUGACCUCGCGGGACCCCGGCAACUGCACUGUGCCGCUGCCUCCUCGCGUGGGCAUCUGCCUGGACUACGAGCGGGGCAAGGUGACGUUCUUCGACGCCGUCUCCUUCCGCAGCCUCUGGGAGUGUGGCAUCGACUGCUCGGGACCCGUCUGCCCCGCCUUCUGCUUCAUCGGCGGCGGCGCCCUGCACCUCCAGGAGCUGGUGGCCAACCGACAGGAGCGGAAGGUCACCAUCGGCGGCUUCUCCAAGAUGGACUGAGCGUCUCUUGGCAUCUCUUGGCGCGAGGGAGGCGGAAACCGAGCGGGAGGCGGCCUCUGGUGCACGAGAACAGUCAUCCCUCCCGCUAAACGGGCCUCCGAGCGCCUGUUGAAAGCGGCGGAGGAUGCCCGGGGCCUACAACAAAAUGGCCGCCCUUGCGCUCGCGGGCCAUACUGAGAUUUGCCCCGCCUGGCUGGCUGAUGGACCUUCCAGCGGAUAGAAGAGACUCUGCCUUUCGAAAGACCGCAAUCCUGUCGUAGACCUCCCCUCGUAGAACGUUUGCUGUGGAGAUAAUUUUGUGGGGAACAGGGACGGGACAGAGCGGGGUGCUGUCCCCAUAAGCUGCACGGUGUGUGCUUGUGGGGGGCAGGAAUGUCUUUCUGUUUCAUCAGGUCCUUUGUUUUUCCUACCCCCGCUACGCCCCAACAUCUUUUCUGGUCCCUCCGUGUCCUUGUGCCUUGGGGUGGGGGGCGCUCUCCCAGUUGGGAUGCUUGCCCCAAAGACUCUGAAGGAACCAGCUCCCUGUGGGGCAGGAAUUUUCAUCUGUGGAGAAGGUAAGGAUGUUUCGUUUGAUGCAUGGACGAAUUAGGGAUGUUUUUAACCACACACAAUCUCCCUUUUUUAAACUCUGUAAUCGAUCUGUGCUCUUCCCCCUACAUCUUUCCAUCGACACCCCACCACCAGCGACGGGGUGAUUGGCACCUGUCGCGUCUCUCCUGGUCUGACUCCAAUUUUGAACUGAAUGUUUUUUAAAGCUCUCCCCUUCCAAAGAGCCCCCUCCCCAACUUUGCAAGUCUUGCAAGGCCUCACAGGUGCCUCACCCUCCUCAUUUUUGGAUCAAGUCCCAUCUCUUAUCUUGUCUACAUGAUGUCAAAGUCUGUUUUUUCCAAUCUGUCUUGGGUUUUGCAAACCGUGGAUUUCUGGAUUUUUGGCAAAGGGUGUGAAAGGGCAACGGGAUGAAUAAGUCACCCCUGUUGGGGGGGGGGGGAAUUGAGAGUCCCCCUCCAUGGGGGAGAAAGGGAGGUGGGUGGGACA